GUCCCUUCCUCCCCUCCCAUACCCCCCUAAGGCCCUGUGCCCUACGGCGGCGACGGCGCGGGUGCGGGGGCCGGGGAGCGCGCGCGUGUUGGCCGCGCGCCCACGGGGCCGCGAGCCGCCGAUUCCUGCCGAGUGUAGAGAGCAGAGAGUGAACAGGGAGCGGGGCUUUUGUCUGUUGGUCUCCCUGUGGACUGAAGAAAGGGAGAAUAGAAGCCCAAGACUAUUAAGAUUCUCAAAAUGCUUUACUACCCGGAACUCUUGGUCUGGGUCAGCCAAGAACCAUUUCCACCCAAGGAAAUGGCGGCGGGAGGUCUUUCUAAGGGAAGACUUCCUGUGCCUAAGGAAGUGAACCGCAAGAAGAAGAUGGAGAGCAGCGGGACCUCGCUGCCUCCAGCGGGCAGCCGUGAACUCUGCUCCCCGGCCAUCAGUUACCUCCACCCUUUUUAACCGUCCCACCUCCAUUUGUAUUGCAUAUGGUGUAUGGGGUUUUGAUGAGGUUUUGGUAUCAUAUAUGGGAUUUUUUUUUUCUGUGUAAAUCAUCAACUAUAAGAAGAAACUAUGGGACUCUAAGCCUGGCUUUAGAGAAUUUAUUUACAGUGGACAAAUAGGUUUCAUCAAACCAGUUUUUAAUCAUUCUGACUCAAGUGAAAACGCUCAGAAUUUCACACUGUGAAUCCACGUUUACAACCCCUACAGGUGGGCCUUCAGGCCUGGUUCUCUACAACAAUGUCUUCCACAACUCAAAACUCCUACUGCGCUCACAUGACUGGUCCACUCCUGCCUUUCAUCACACAGCUCCCGACUGCUUCUUGCAGAGGCCGAGAGUCCCCCACGGUUUUUUUUUUUUUUUUUUUUUUUGGUUUUUUUUUUCAUUUAGAUGUAACAAGCCUAGUAGUUUAUGUUCAUCGAUUGUCUGUAUAUCUAUAUUUUACCCAUGUACUCUUUUGAUGUAUAGAAGUAGUUCGAAACUCAUUGUUUCCUUGUGGUAAGUGACUGAGACGCUGCCACAGGGCCUGAGACACUGAUGAAUGGUGCUAUUUUGGACUUUCAACAUGCUCCUUGGCGAGGUAGCUCUGGUGGAGUUGUUUUUUAUUUCCAUGUUCUAAGAAGGUGUUGGUACUCUGUUUCCUGGAAUGUUCUUCUCUAGACUGGACUGACUUAUUUUCCUUGUGUCUUGAGUGAGGCUUUCUUCUUCAGUGUUGUUGGUUGAGCGGAUGCUACCAAGAGCGUGAGAGGCGGUCCUCUCGUGACUGGCCCUGGCGGAUGUGCAGUCAUGGUAGCGGGAGCAAUCACAAAACUGUAAUUGACCUACCAGAUCUCUUCCUUUCUGCGGCCUCACCUGCCUGACUUAGAAAAAGAAAAGCAAUAAUUUUUUUUCCAGGCAUUUAGAGGUUAUCUCUGGAUUCUUUUUGUUUGACUAGAUAUUGGGGGGUGGGAGGGGUAAAAAUCCACUCUUUUAAUAAGUGCCAUGUGGGGAAAAAAAAAUCCAAAGUACUGGCAUUUGAGUAGGAAUUUGCAAAUUAUCCCUUUCCCAAAGUUGAAAUUGGAAAAAUGUCUUUACAAAAUAGUGAUGAUGAAGAUGAUGAUUUAUGAUAGUGAUGAUGAUGGUGGUGGUGAUGAUGAUGGUGGUGGUGGUGGUGGUGGUGUGGUGAUGAUGAUGAUGAUGAUGAUGAUGAUGAUGAUGAUGAUGAUGAAAGGCAAAACACAUUUUUUUGGCAGUUUUGAUAAGCAAGGUGUAGAUUUUACAUUUUUGUCCUUGCUCCCAAUGAAAUGGAUAAACAAAAAUAAAAUCUGACAAUGCCAUCUCCUCACGGAAUGUUGUUGUGUUAGCCAGACUGAAAGCCCACCUUAAUUUUUAUAUAACGUCUUUAGCUCUUCCUUUGACAGGGCAGGCCUUGUUCUGAACUCUUUGUGCUUCUGACUGUUAAACACCAAUGACGCAUGCAUGCACUGUCUCUCUUGGUUCUCUCUCUCUCUUCCCCUCUGGCCUGAGUUUCUCGUGCAUCCUCCCUACCCCCACCUCUGUUAGGGUAGCUAUAUCAGCAUGUAAAUAAAGCAAGGAAACAAGUAUUGUGCAUUUGUGGCAUUUAUGUAGAAUUGCAGUGUGCACUGCCAAAACCGCAGGCUUUUGUAACGUGCUCUUCUCAUAAGUACCCAAUGUAUUUUAGCUAUUUUAGUAGGAUUUGUUCAAUAAAUAUGCAAGCUACAAGGUAA